AUGGUGCCUGUUCUGUUUCUGCUUCAUGUGAUCACUCUGUUCUUGUGGCCUACGAGUACUAGUGCAAAAGCCGUAACUCUAGCAAAGCCUAAAUGUACACCAAAUUGCGGAGUUGUUCAAAUCCCAUAUCCUUUUGGAAUUGAAGAAGGUUGUUACAUAGACUGGUUCCGAAUCCAGUGUUACAACUUCACCGGCAUUCCCACUCCCACACUUUGGUACCCUGAAAAGCAAAUGAGCCUUGAGGUGCUCAAUAUUUCUGUUGAAGGCACACUAACGGUCAGGAGCCCCAUUACCUUCCUUGAUCCUAUCUGUGGUUGUCCUUGGCCAAAUAGUGGCCAACCAGCAAACUUGAGUGGAAGCCCGUUUGUCUUCUCCCAGAAAAACAGACUCGCUGUAAUGGGAUGCGGCGGUACCACCUGGAUGACGCUCGACAACGGUUCAAGAGUUGCUAGCUGCCCCUCCGUCUGUGGUGAUGGUGGCAAACUUCCGGAUACUCUUGAUAGGUGCAAUGGUAUUAACUGCUGCCAGAUCAACACUCCUCCGGAGCUUACUGCCUUCAACUACACCUUUGAAGCAUCAAACAAAACCACCCCUGGAACGGAAAGUUGCAAGUACGCAUUUCUGGUAGACCAAGAGUCGUGGGUUUAUGAUUCUACCGGUCUUUCUUCCAUCCAGAAUGUUAUGUCUAUCCCUGUAUUGCUCGAUUGGAACUUGAAUCGUUAUUCAACUGUGCAAAUAUAUGGAAGACAUGAUUGGACCAAUGAUUCGACCAUGAACUGCACAAGUGCUCAUCAAUGUGUCUGCUCACGAGGUUAUCAGGGAAACCCCUACCUUAUCGAUGGAUGUCGAGACGUUGAUGAAUGCGAGGAUCCAAUUACUUGUGGUCCAUUAUGGCUUAAAGUGGCCAUUCUAGUUAUCAGCUGUGUUCUUGGAUUAUUGUUUCUACAUGGUGGUACAUGGUGGUCGUACAAAGUCAUUAAGAAAAGGAAAAACAUCAAGCGGAAGCAGAAAUUUUUUAAGCAAAAUGGUGGUUUAUUGUUGCAGCAACAAUCAUCUUCUGGUGAUCAAACUAGUAUUGAAAAACUUAAAUUGUUCCACUCGGAGGAAUUAGAGAAAGCCACAGACGGUUUCAAUGCAGAUAGAAUACUUGGUCGAGGAGGGCAAGGCACUGUUUAUAAAGGAAUGUUAGCAGAUGGAAAAAUCGUAGCAGUAAAGAAGUCCUUGUUAGCUAAUGGAAGUGAAUUGAGACAGUUCAUCAAUGAAAUUGUCGUUCUUUCCCAAAUUAUCCACAGGAAUGUGGUAAAACUCUGGGGUUGCUGCUUAGAGACGGAAGUUCCCCUUUUGGUUUAUGAAUUCAUUCCCAACGGAACGCUUUCUCACUAUAUACAACACGAAAAUGAGGACUUCCCACUUACAUGGGGAAUACGUCUACGAGUUGCUAAAGAAGUCGCAGGAGCUCUUUCCUAUUUGCACUCAGCAGCUACUACUCCCAUUUACCACCGCGAUAUCAAAUCCUCUAACAUACUCUUGGAUGAUAAGUAUACAGUUAAAGUAGCAGAUUUUGGGACUUCAAGAUCAGUUUCCAUCGACAAAACACACCUUACAUUGUCACAAGUUCAAGGAACAUUUGGUUAUUUGGACCCAGAGUACUUCCAAACUAGCCAAUUUACAGACAAAAGUGAUGUUUACAGCUUCGGAGUGGUCCUUGCUGAGCUCUUGACCGGAAAAAAGCCAAUUUUUCAGACCAAGUCACAAGAAACCAUGAGCUUGUCACAUUAUUUCCUAGUAUCUAUGGAGGAGAAUCGUUUGUCUGAUAUUCUUGAUGCUCGAGUUAUGAACAGUGAGAAAAAAGAGGUUAUGGCAGUUGCUAACCUUGCUAUGCGUUGUUUGAAUAUGAAGGGAAAAGAGCGUCCUGCUAUGAAGGAAGUAGUAGCGGAAUUGGAGGCAAUAUUUAAACUGCAAGGGGAAGACUACAAUGUUCAACGAAACACUUCAGAUGUUGGAUAUGUCCGAAGUGGAAUAACUGAGGUUUGGGAUGUUGGUUCUACAUCAGUUUCGUCUUCUAUGGUUACUGAAUCUAGUGGUACAAGUUCAUUCGAUUUGCGACCACUGGUGUCUAUCAAGACAGAGUGA